GGUCUGAAAAACAGAACAAACUAACAUUUACAUCACUUAACCUCUUUUUAUUUUUAGGGCAAACAAAACAAAUUCUUUGUUGCCCCCCAAAAUAAGUAUAGAGUGGAGAAAGAGAAGUGUCGGUAGUUCUCUGUCUCAAUUUUCACCCCCCUCUCUCUCUCCUUCUCCGCUGCCGCUGUUAGGCUGCUGUAAAUACUUUGUGAAAUGACAUAUUCACCCGCAAUGUGGUCAUCUGUGAAGCAUUUGAGCAUUUGCUUAGUAGGGGCAUUUUUGGUUUUUGGGGUUGCGGAGGUUUUUGCUUUGAAUUUGCACAAGAGUUCUAACUCACAUUGGAAACCCGCCACUGCUACUUGGUACGGUGAACCAAACGGCGAUGGAAGUGUUGGUGGGGCAUGCGGGUACGGGACCUUAGUAGAUGUGAAACCAUUUAGGGCACGUGUAGGAGCGGUGAGCCCGAUCCUAUUCAAGAAAGGUGAAGGGUGCGGGGCAUGUUACAAAGUCAAGUGUUUAGACAGUGAAAUUUGUUCAAGGAGAGCCGCUACUGUUAUUAUUACUGAUGAAUGUCCUGGUGGUUAUUGCUCUGGUGGAAAUACCCAUUUUGACCUCAGCGGGGCCGCUUUCGGCCACUUAGCCAUCUCCGGUGAAGGCGGUCAGCUUCGAAACCGUGGGGUCAUUAACGUCAUUUACCGAAGGACACCUUGUAAAUAUCCUGGAAAGAAAGUAGCAUUCCACGUAAAUGAAGGCUCCACUAAUUAUUGGCUUUCCCUUCUGGUGGAAUUUGAGGAUGGAGAUGGAGAUGUUGGUUCAAUGCAUAUAAGAGAGGCGACAUCCAAUGAAUGGAUAGAAAUGACGCAUUUGUGGGGAGCAAAUUGGUGCAUAAUUGGGGGACCUUUAAAGGGCCCAUUUUCAGUAAAAUUGACAACACUUUCAACGGGAAGAACUCUUUCAACCAGAGAUGUUAUUCCCCGGAAUUGGUCACCGACAGCAACCUACACUUCUCGCCUUAACUUCCACCCUUAACUUAUGGACCAGAAAACGGCCCUUGUUUAAUUAUUUUUCUUAAUAUUUAACGCACUAUCCUUGUUUUACUUUUCCUUUUUUGAAAGGGAAAUGAAAAGUAGCAUCCGAUGCGCCUUGUUUUGGUGCAUAAGGAGCUAUGAAGAUUACCAUUCCUCAAGACUUUAACUUGCAAGGGAUGGCAACUCAAGGUCGUGGGAUUCCACUCGAUGCUCUUUCAUUUUUCCUUUUUCCUUCCAAAUAUCUAUCAUUUGAGUCUUUUAUUUUUUGGGUCCUACUUUAGUAGAGUGAUCUGGAAAUGUUUGUUGUUAGGCUAAAAAUGGAGCCCUCUUCUAAAGGAGGAGAGAGAGCGACAGCAUGUGAGUAUGUAUGUGUGUUUGUAUGAUACUACUAUAAACAAGUACUAUGUGGAGUUGUAAGUUUGUCAUCACUCAUCAGUUUGUCUUCAUGUCUUUCUUUUGUUAUGAACGAGUAGCUCAAAUGUAAUUCUAAGAUAUGAUGCAAAUCAUGUAUGUAAGAAUUUACUCAAGGGUCUAUCCACUAUGUUUUCUAAGUUUAA